AUGGGAUUUCAGGUGUUUGACAUUCAAGGCCAGUACCUGUGGAUGUUGACAUCAUCCUUAGAUGCACUGACUGAACCCAAAGGUUUAGCAAUCCUACCCAGCGAGGAACUGAUCGCUGUGGUCGACACAGGUAAUUACCGAAUCAAAGCCUUCAAUCUCCUCCAUCGAGCUGAGAACACUGAGCCCCAGAUAAAGGAGUCUCCUAGCACCAAUUUCUCAUGGAAACAUCCCGAUCAAAAUGACCUUGACAACGACAUGAUGCCUUGA